AUGGAGGAUGUCAAUCAAACUGGGAUGAUUUACUUCUCCUUUCAUCCCUUCUCCAAACUCCCUGCGGUGCAAAUGCUCAUUUUUCUGGCCUUCCUGAUCAUGUACCUGUUCAGCAUCACCGGUAACUUCUCCAUUGCUGUCACCAUAUGGAUCCACCAUCCACUCCACACCCCCAUGUACUUCUUCUUGGCCAACUUGGCAGUCCUAGAGAUCUUCUACUCCUCAACCAUCGCUCCUCUGACCUUGGCCAGUGUUCUGUCCCCUGAGAGGACUGUAAUCUCCCUUCCUGGGUGUGGUGUCCAGAUGUUUUUCUUUAUCUUCCUGGGAAGUUCUGAUUGCGUUCUGCUGGCCAUCAUGGCCUAUGACCGGUUUGUGGCCAUCUGUCACCCACUGCGGUACACUCUCAUCAUGAGCUGGCGGUUGUGCAUUCAACUAUCCCUGGGGUCUCUCGUGCUGGGCUUUACCUUGGCCGUGCAGUUGACUGUGCUCAUCUUCCAACUCCCCUUCUGCAGGAGUAGAGAAAUCAGCCUCUUCUACUGCGAUACCCUCUCGGUCAUGAGGGUAGCCUGUGCUGAUACCAGGGUUCCAGAGGCCACUCUGUUUGUGUUCAGUGUCACCGUCCUCACCAUUCCAUUCCUGCUCAUCAGUCUUUCCUAUGUCUUCAUCGUGGCUGCCAUCCUGAAGAUCAGCUCUGCAGAGGGGAGGCACAAGGCUUUCUCCACCUGCUCCUCCCACCUCACUGUGGUCCUCCUCCAGUAUGGAUGUGGAAGUCUCAUCUACUUGUGUCCCAGCUCCAGCUACUCUCCUGAGAGGGGCCAGGUGGUAUCUGUGGUUUAUACUUUCAUCACACCUGUGUUGAACCCCUUGAUCUACAGCAUGAGGAACAGAGAGCUUAAGGAUGCUCUUAAGAGAGCAAUGAUGAGGUUCUUGAUUCCACAAACACGAUGA